AUGAGCAUGGAAGACUUGGCACAACUGAGCUUUGUGAACGAAGACUUUCUGCGAAGGCAUGGCUUGAACGUGUCCAACGUGUUGGACUACUUUUACACCUCACCCUUCUAUCUCCGCUGUGGGGGCCCCGAGUCUGUCAAUGAACGACGCCGUCGCGGGCAACGCGUCGAGGCAGGGGCUGCGGGCAUCGAGUUUGUAGUGGCGGCGGCCAACGCAGAUGCGCGGGAAGGGCGCCUUGAGACCUCCAUCUUCGUCUUGCAGCGCGUGCUGCGACGAGCCGGGGAGCCUGCCAUCGCGCAGGAUGUGUUCUAUGUCUUGGCAGGUGCUGUCUACAAGGCGCCCCACGUUGUAGACAUCUUCGAUGGCGCACUUUGCCAGGCAGCACGUGCUGCCAAUAGCAUCCUCAAGAAGCAGCUCGAGGUCUUCCGAGAGGCGCCGGAGGAGGAGGGCUCCUAG